CGCUGCCUAAAGUAGGUUCCUCUUGAAAAUGGCGUAUGUUGGCUUAACAUGCAUGCUCGUUGGGGUGAUAGUAGUCCUUGUAAGAUCUACCGCAGUUCUGAUGUACCAACGAAAGUGCUCGGAAGAAGUUUGCAACCAGACAGAUCUGUGUAGAAAAAGCGACGUGCCGGCGAUAUGUUGGAACGUCCAAGACACGUCCAAGGGCACAUCGUGUCAGUGCUGCAAGAAUUGCUACUCUGGACGGUACCUAUAUUGUCCUCGCCUUCCAGAUGAGAAUGGAGGCGAAGGAUGCACCUUGUUCAAGUGUAUCAACGCUGAAUAUCUGGAUCCAACGGACUGUUGCCCGAACUGCUUUUUGUACGAACAAGGCAGUUGCUACGGGAAUGACCUGGGAAAUCAGUGCACCACAGAAUGCUGCAUCAUCCCUUCUUGUCCAGAGGGAACGUUGGAAGUUCGUCCGGGCGAAUGCUGUCCCAAGUGUAGCAAGCACCCGACCAAUGUCCGUAGUGCAAACUGCUCCCUUGUCCUUUGCAAGGAACCCGAAUGCCCUAAGGAAGAACAGUACCAGUCCGAAAAACAAUGCUGCAUCCAAUGCAAACGGGCCAAGAGGCUCAACAUCGACCAUCACAUAGACUGUGCUAUGAUUCGUUGUCAAGAACCUUGGUGUAGCCCUGAAAAACGGUAUAUACCUGACGGCGAGUGCUGUCCUUCAUGCAGGUUUACAUAACCACACCGUACCUACGCCUCCCGGUCAUAGAACAAGACCUAUAAUACAUUUAUCCCUGUGUAAGAAGAUGGCUCCUCGCCGUGACACCUUCAUUUGUAUUAAAUAUUUUCAGUUUCUGACCC